CUCCGUCUCUCUCUCUCUCUCUCUCUCAUCUAAGAAAGAAGAUAGUAGCUAGACAAUAGACAGAUACUACGUACAAGUACAACCAAAGAGAGAGAGAGAGACGUGGUUUUAGAGAGAGAAGAUGUUGAAGCUGCCAUCUUCGUCGAUGUCCUUAUCGUCGUCGUCGUCGACAUCAUCAUGCAAUGCUGCGUUAAUAAGGAAGCAGUGCCGAUCAUUCGGCGCUUCUUCUGAUUCUUCUUCGAGGCUUAAGGUCUCGAUACGCCGACGGAACGAGGCCGUUUCGUGCGAGGCGGCUGAUUCUUCUGCUUCUUCGUCGGCUCCGCUCGUAGCCGAGACGAAGGAGAAGGACGCUGGCGGCCGCGUAGGGAAGAGUGCGGCUGAUCGGCUUCGGCAGGGGAGUUUGACGGAGGACGGACUUUCUUACAAGGAGAAGUUCAUAGUGAGGUGUUAUGAGGUUGGGGUUAACAAGACUGCCACUGUUGAAACCAUUGCUAAUCUCUUGCAGGAGGUUGCAUGUAACCACGUUCAGAGUUUGGGAUUUUCAACGGAUGGAUUCGGAACAACUACUACCAUGAGAAAAUUGCAUCUCAUAUGGGCGACUGCUCGCAUGCACAUCGAAAUUUAUAAAUACCCAGCUUGGAGUGAUGUGGUUGAAGUAGAAACCUGGUACGAAAGCGAAGGUCCGAUUUGGACUAGACGUGAUUGGAUUCUCAAGGACCAUGCCACACGUGAAGUCAUUGGUAGAGCUACGAGCAAGUUUGUGAUGAUGAACCAACAUACUAGACGACUUGAAAAAGUCAGUGAUGAUGUCCGAAAGGAAUACUUGGGUUUCUGUCCAAGAGAACCAAGGUUAGCAUUCCCAGAAGAGAAAAAUGGCAGUCUGAAGAAGAUAGCAAAACUGGAAGAUGCCGCUCAGUAUUCUAGGCAAGGAUUGGUGCCUAGAAGAGCUGAUCUGGACAUGAACCAGCAUGUAAACAAUGUUGCCUAUAUCGGAUGGUUUUUGGAGAGUAUGCCUCAAGAAAUCAUCGACAAUCAUGAACUAGAAACUAUAACUCUAGAUUACAGACGGGAAUGCCAACAACAUGACGUCGUUGAUUCUCACACGAGUCCAGAACCAGUUGAGGAUACAAAAGUUUCAGAGCUUAAUGAAAGCAAUGGAACGGCUGCAGCAGCUGCAGAAGGCAAAGAAGACUACUGCCAGUUCUUACAUUUGUUGAGAUUGUCCGGUGAUGGGCUUGAAAUAAACAGAGGCCGUACAGAGUGGAGAAAGAAACCAACAAGACAUGCUAAUCAUUCAGUUUGAUCUUACUCUUGCUUUCUUCUCACGCCUUCAUGUUUUACUCCUAGUUCUUUAUUCCUGUUGUGUCCUCUUUUCUUUUGGGUUCUUUUACCCCUCAUUUGGGGUUUGUUAUCUCCCAUUUGCUCCAGAUAGAAAGCAGAUAAUUAUUUGAGUCUUUUCGUGCUGGCAUGUAGACUUAUAAACACCUUGAAAUCAAAGAUUGGUUGAAAUUAUGCUUCUGGAUACUGCGUAUGUCUAAAAUUUUAUUUUGUGAGCUUUUGGUUCUUGGUUUUUACUGAUAUUUGAGAGUCCUGAUUGUAAUGUUUGGCCUCCAUAGU